GUGCAGUCGACUGGUGUUGUGCGGGAGUUGCCCCGCAAGGGACAGAGUGGUGUGCAGGCGUACACCGUCGCCACACAGGAGAACGAAGGAUGGGAGCUGAUCCGCAUUGAGGUGUCAACGAGGGAUUUGAAGAACAAAUCGAGGUACUGUAAUGAGGAGAACAAGGAAAUCAAGAAGUAUGAUGGUGAGCUCUAUAAAUGUCGAGAUAAGGAGGAUGUCCUUGGUGUGGAUACUAUGAAGAAAUUUGAGGACAUUAUCAUUCCCGCUGCUAUGAAAUUGCACGAGGAUCGUCUGUUUGUUCGUCGUGGGAGUGGAAAGUUGAGGGUUCCUCAGUUUCAAGAUGAGAGUUAUUGCAAACAUUUCACUGUACCUGAUGAGCACCACAGUGAUGGUGUUGAUAAUGCUGACUUUGUGCUCUACGUGGCAGCUGUUCCUCUGUCGUCGUUUGGUGUUACUUGUGCCGUGGAAAAUUCAACAGGUCGUCCAAUCGUUGGAGCAGUGAAUUACGCUCCCACUACAUAUGAGUACAUGCGGUUUGAUGUUCGCCGUGUUGCACAACUGAUUGCACACGCACUGGGAUUCAAUCUUCCUGAGAUGGAGAGGAAAGGCAUUGUGACCGAAGUGGAGCUCCGUGGCGCGAAACGUAAGGUGGUGAACUCCUCAAAGACAGUUGAAAAAGCACAAAAACACUACAAUUGUUCUAAUUUGAAGGGAAUGGAACUGGGGACUAAGGGUGAUGAUACGCGAGUUUACUGGUUGAGGCACAUUGCGAGAGAUGAGUUGAUGACACCGAUGUCGGUUUACAACUAUGGCGCUGGUUAUUACACAGCACUGACAAUGGCAUUGUUUGAGGAUCUGCAGUACUACAAGGCAAACUGGGGAAUGGAGGAACAAAUGAGCUGGGGGAAUCAGAGUGGAUGUGACUUUCUUCAUAAAUGGUGCAUUGUGGAGAAUAAAGUACGGUAUCCCGAAUAUUUCUGUAAUGAAACGAUUUUUCGAUGCAGGUCGGACCGACUUGCGUAUGCUCCGUGCAGUGUGCCAGCCAGUAUGAUUGUUGUUCCUGAGGAUAUCUGUCAUACAAGUGGGGAUUAUCCUUAUGUUGAUAGAAGCGGUAAUCACCUGACGACUUACUAUUGUGAUGAUAAUACUACCGAUGAAGUCGCUGGAUCAAUUAUGGGACCUGAUUCGUUCUGUCUGGAUGCUGAAGAACUGAAAAUUGAGGGCGCUGCUAAUGCAAUUUUGAACCAGAAUGGUGUGUGUGCACGGGUGUUGUGUGACUAUGAGAAGCGAACAGUGAGUGUGAAAUACAAUGGUAGCGACACAUUUAAGGAAUGUCCCGAAGGUUCCUCAAUCGAUGUCAAAUCUUCUGUGUUCGAAAGCGGUAAGAUCAAGUGCCCCAAGUACGAUGAGGUGUGUAUCAUCGCAUUCAACGGCAGCAGUCGUGUUCCAUUUGUUGUUAAUCGACCUCCAGCAUCAUCAGCAGCAGCAGAAGAAUCCGCAUCAUCUGUGGACACAUCUCUGCAGAAAGAUCAGGAAAAUAAAGAA